UAAGGCAUGAACUGCAUAUUGCUCCCACAAUUUAUGAUAUAGAUUCCUCUCGUCGGACUGGCCUAUCAAGUUUGUUUGUUGGGGCUUUUUUUUUUUUUAAAACCUCACUUGUGUAUCACACAAAAAGGGGACAUGUAUAAAACAUUUGGUAUAAAGCAAAGAUCAGCAGAGAAGGAGUAACACGUCCAUUGGUGGUAUCAAGUGGAGCUGCACCAUGCUGGUUAACGAACCUGCACUGAACAAGGUAAGAAAAUACAAUGACAAGCAUGGAAAAUGGAUGAUUAUGACCAAUUGGUAAAGGAAUGAAUCUGGAAUUACAACCGCAAGGUUCUCAACUUUCACAUUGAAACCAGUACCUGAGCCAAAUUUAAGGAAAUGCAACUGAGCAAGAAAGCCAUCACUUCUUCACGUUUCACAGACCAGCCUACACGCCAGAUCACUCGAUCGAGGGCGUUACGUCUGAAAUGGUUGCCUGCUAUACCGGAUUCCAUGACCAAUCGAAAACACCACCCCAAAUCUCACAAUGCACAAUCAUGGAAAACUUCCUACGAGGAUAAACUGUGCAUAAAAUACAUCAUCACAUAAAACAGGUCUAAAACGUUUAGAUCAUACAACUCCGUAAUUCUCAAAAUGGACAUAUACAGCACAGGAUUCCCAUCAAUGACUUGUAACCUCUCGACUGUGGACCUGAACGAAUCCAGUGCUUGUAAUGCAACUGUGACAGCUGGCGGAGUUUCAGACAAAAACAAUCACUAUUUCAUAAGUCUUUUCUUAUCCUGCCUCUAUACAAUAUUGCUUUUCCCAAUCGGAUUUUUAGGAAACAUCAUGAUUCUAGUAGUCAACAUCAGGUUCCGUGAAAAGAUGACAAUCCCUGACUUGUAUUUUAUCAACUUGGCUGCUGCGGACCUGAUCUUGGUGGCGGAUUCUCUCAUAGAAGUGUUCAACCUUAAUGAGAAAUAUUAUGAUAUAACAAUACUAUGCACCUUCAUGUCGCUAUUCCUGCAGAUCAAUAUGUACAGCAGCAUCUUCUUCCUCACAUGGAUGAGCUUUGACAGAUACAUUGCACUGGCUAAAGUGAUGAAAUCUAAUCUAUUUCGGACAAAGGAGCAUGCACGGUUAAGCUGUGUCCUCAUAUGGAUGGCAUCUAUUUCCGCCACUCUAUUGCCUUUCACGGCUGUUCAGGUGCAGCACACAGAUGAUGUACAAUUCUGCUUUGCAGACGUCAGGGCGAUUCAAUGGCUGGAGAUCACCUUGGGAUUUAUCAUUCCAUUUGCUAUUAUUGGCCUUUGUUACUCCUUAAUCAUCCGCGUUUUAAUAAGGGCGCACAAACAUAGGAGUCUAAGACCCAGGAGGCAAAAGGCCUUGCGGAUGAUAGUGGUGGUGGUUCUGGUGUUUUUUAUUUGUUGGCUUCCAGAAAACGUCUUCAUCAGCAUUGGCCUUCUGCAAGGUAACAAAGACGAUCAGUCGGACAAUCCGUCGUUUAGACACAGCCAUCCGCUCACGGAACACAUUGUAAACUUGGCAGCAUUCUCCAACAGCUGCCUAAACCCGCUUAUUUACAGCUUUCUGGGGGAGACAUUUAGAGACAAGCUUCGGCUCUACGUCAAAGAUAAAAGGAGCAUGUCCGCUUUCAAUCGGUUCUGCCAAUCCUCCGUGAAGUCUGUCAUUCCUGAGAGUACAGAGCAUUCCGAGGCUAAAUAUUGCAGUGGUGUAUAAAUUUAUAUAAUAUAAAAAAAAACAAAAAAAAAAAACGACUACUUACGCAGACUGGAAAGGUUUUAUGUCAGAUUUCAAUUAGUGUUUUGGUUAUACACAAUUACUUUGAUUGUACUGCUUAAUUUCUUGUUACAUGCCUGUGUAGGCAUAUCAUGUCUCGAGAAAAGAAAAUACA